AUGCCUGCUGACACUGUCUACCACUGCCUACAACUGCUUGGUACGUGCUGUUUAAGCUGUGCUGUUCUUUAUUCCUAUCAUACUCCAUAUCUGACUGAGCAAGCACCAGCAGCUGCAGGUCAGGCGUUUGCAGUUAUCCAGAUGGAGAUCAACUUGACUGCGGUUCAAGGCAAGGUUGGUGACCUAAAAGACAUUGGGUUCAGUCCGCGCCUGUUUUGGGCUUAUCCGAAAGAUUUCAAUGCAAGAGCGUUUCAUACUGGUGUGGGAAGAGAUGGUCAAACAUGGGUUAUUGUCGAUGGAAUGCAUCAUGAGGAGGAUGGAUCUACGCACCGCCACGGGCUCACCUACAACCUGCGCUCUCACCAACGCAGGGUAGACGCGAGCAGUGUCCAAAAGGGUCUUAGCGAGGUACUUUCGAGGAGUCCGCUUGCUAUACUGAUCGCACGCUGUGACACGGAGAAUCUUGGGCGAAUCUUUGGUUGGCUGGAGACAUCAAAGUACCUGGGGAACGUCUUAAAUAGAGAAGAUCUGGUUGAUAUCCUUAGCAGUAUUAAAGAGCAGGAAUUGGAUCAGUUUGUGUACGCCAACUGUCUAAAGGGCCCAUUCGAUAACUCGACCAACGUUCGAGUUGGCUCUAUUCUUCCUCACGGACAGAACAUAAGAGAAUGGGCAAAGUCGACGGCUAAGCGAUACGAGGACGUAAAAAAUGCUUACGAGAGUAUGUGUGGCGCUGGAUCCUGGGAGACGAAUCCACAUCUUACUGCUAUGCUGCAAGAGUUUAGUCGUUCAGUACCUCCUGAGUUUGAGAAUGUACUGGAGACCAAGAAACAAGAGGAUGCAGAACAUCAGCAUCAAUUGUGGGAUUAG